CGCAUUGGAAGCAGCAAUUGUUUGAAGCGUGGCUGAAUCUUGCCGAUGUUGCGAGGAAUCCCAAAUGGAGAUUCUGAUAUGAUCAGCAAUUCUUGGCGCCCUUGCAUUUUUAUUGCGAUGUUUUCUCCUCCUCCAUCGCAACCCUCCUUCCUUCCUCAGGCAUCAUCUUCAUUAUGAUACGACACAGAGUUUUUGAUAUAGUCCGUCUAGUGGGUGAACGGGCAAACGGUCCAGCCAUCCUCGAAGGGCACCCCACCGGUCGCUUGGGUAUCUGGGGUCAUUGUGUGUCGGAGACUGCGUUCGGUUCCUACUGCGUCUACACGGGUCUGGGGUAUCCUUUUGGGAUUGGAACCUUUACACUCUUUGGCGAUGAUCCCGAACCCCAAAUUAUCACACCGUCGUACACUCGAGGACUAGUAAUGCAUCCAAUCGCCCUCGCGUUCUGCAUCAUCACGUUGGGUUUGAGUUUUUGGAAGCAUCUUGCCAUAAGCCUUGCUGCGUCGUUACUCAGCAACUUCACGGCUAUUCUCACAGCUAUCGCACUGAUUUUGGACAUAAGGCUGUACACGCGUGUUCGAAGCAGAGCAAAUAACUUGACCAAUGUUCAAAACGACACCUAUUUGGGCCCUGCAUUCUGGAUGACACUUACCCAGAUCCUCUUCCUUGUCAUCGCAGGAUUCGCUAUCUAUCUUGCUCGUCAUCGAGACCGUGCCGAGCAAGAUAGACCUAACAUAGGUCACCCUACUAUGGUCCAGGACAAGGCCUAGCGGAGACCUUGCCCAGACAUGUUAACAGGUGUGUCAAAUGACUUCGUAACGACAGCUACGGCGUCUCACUAAAUGAAACGAUAGAUUGGGGUCUUUUGUAAUGCGUACUCCC